AUGGUAUCCACCACACCACCAAGAAGCGCCGAUUCUGAGCCACAAGUUAUUGAACAGGCCGCAAAUCCGCCACCGGCAUACCCACGGUGGAGUCUACGGCAGUUGCAGCAAACCCCAGGAGAACUUCAUGAAGAACAAAUUGAGUACCUGGUUGAAGCCAUGACUCAAGAGGUGUCUGACCAUAACGUCACCAGGAUGAAGUUGCAAGGGGCAUUGACACGUUCAAUGGCAUAUGAGCGCGGGCAAGCUAUGGAGCAGGGCCAUGUUCGAUAUCUAAAUUACAUCGUUCAUGAUCUCAGGACACAGAUUCAGGACGAAAAAAUGAAGAGAAUCGCGGCGGAGGAGAGAAUGCAAUCGCUGGAGUUCGAAAAGGAGAUAGAGCGCGAGUUACAUUGCGAUUAUGAUGAGUGGAAGCCCAGUUCAGGGUCUGAUGAACCGGAGAGCUUUGCAUUUGAUAUAGACUAUUCAGGGGUGGAAGUGGAGGUGCCGCCAGCUGGGAGGACCAAGCGCGAGCACACCGAUGAUGGUGACAAUGAUGGUGAUGAUGACAGGAGGGAGGCAUCUUGCAAGCGUCCAAAACAUUAA